GUGUAAUAAUUUUAUCAUAUGUUUCCAAUUCAUAUUUAGAUUAUAGAUAACCAAUCUUUUGAUAACCAUCGUUGAAAUUCAUAUCUCAUUUUUUUUUUAACAAUUUGUAUUUUUCACAAUUUUUUUUCACGAAAUUUAUUUGUGUUACAUCUUUCCAAUACUAUAAUAUAAUUUUGAAAAACGAACACAAAAAAUACUACACGAAGCCCUAAAUCCCUGAUCGCUGAUUAGAGUAACGCAGGUUAGGUGUGCCCACUUACUGCAGGCCUUGGACACCCGAGUGGGGAAGUGAUCCAACUUCGGCGAAGAGAUCAUUAGCGAAAUGGUUUACAUUCAAUUCCUUGAUCAAGAAGCAGACCCUCUUCGGUGGAUAUCCCUCCACUUUCGCGACGCCCCUAUCUUACACAAUACGACCUCCUUACCCUAUCAUCAGCGAUUCCUAAAUGGUUCCACAUUUCUGUCUACGUCUACAAGCUCUACAGUCCUUAUUGGACCUUGGCCUCAGAAACAAGCUUCCGCCAGGCUUCCUAUCGGCAGCUAUUCUUCUCCAUCUUCUUAUACCCAUACGGCUGAUGUCUUCUUCUACAUCGUCGAUCCACCGUAG